AUGGCCUCCUCGAAAGCCCUUUUCACGCCAACCGUUACGGCGAGUUUGUCGAGUGCAGCUAGGAAAGGACUGUUUUCUUCGACUACCACCGCUGCCGGUCUGAGGUGCAGCUAUGCAGCUAUUAGACCAUUCGAUGCGCAGUCGAGACGGAACUUCUCUGCGUCCCACAAGGCACAACUCGAGUUCUUCCCACCGGCCAAGAAUCUUCCUCACAUCAAAAUGACUCCUCCACCAUGGCCCCAUCCGACCGCAACAGAGGAACAGCUCAAGCACAUUGAGAUCGCUCAUAGAGACGUGCGAAGUGCUUCGGAUUGGGUUGCAUACAAUUCAGUGCGCUUUUUGCGCUGGGCGACUGAUCUCGUCACGGGCUACCGCCAUGAUCCCAACAAGCCUUACAUAAUGAGCGAGAGGAAAUGGCUAGUCCGAUUCAUCUUCCUCGAAACGGUGGCUGGUGUGCCGGGAAUGGUGGCUGGCAUGCUCCGUCACUUGCGGAGUCUACGGGCGAUGAAGAGAGACAAUGGGUGGAUUGAAACAAUGCUUGAAGAUGCCUACAACGAGCGGAUGCACCUGCUGACGUUCCUGAAAAUGGCCGAACCGGGACUGUUCAUGAAAUUGAUGAUCCUUGGUGCCCAGGGAGUGUUUUGCAACGGCUUCUUCGUCGCGUACCUGCUAUCCCCGAAGACCUGCCACCGCUUCGUCGGUUACCUGGAAGAGGAGGCUACCAAGACAUAUACUUAUGCCAUUGAAGACCUCGAGAGUGGAAAAUUGCCGGGUUGGGAGAAACUCGAAGCACCGGAGAUUGCCGUCAAGUACUGGAACAUGCCAGAAGGCAAGAGGUCCAUGAGAGAUCUUCUCUACUAUGUCCGAGCAGACGAGGCAAAGCACCGAGAGAUUCAUCACACUUUGGGUAACCUCAACCAGGCUGAAGACCCCAAUCCCUUCGCCUCCGAGUACAAAGACCCAUCUAAGCCGCACCCCGGCAGAGGCAUUGAGCACAUCAAGUCGAAAGGCUGGGAGCGAGAAGAAAUAAUUUGA